AUGGCUGCACAUCUUCUGCCGCCCGUUUUCCUCCUCACAAUCAUCUCUGCUGAUCCCAUCCUCGUCGAACCGGAAAAUGUCACCAAUUCAGCGCAUCGGCUAGUCAUUCAAGACCCUCACCUCCUCCUGCUCCUCUCGAUAGCAAAAAAGGAUCUGCACUCGCCGCAACGCGUGUUCAACCGAUGGCCGUUUUACACUGGCCGUCUAUACACAGCACUGAAUCUUUCAACGUUUCAAUUCUCAACACUCGGACAGGCUACGAAACCACGACUUGCAAACGCCAUCACGAACGGGGAAGCCAGCAUCGAAACCGCCGCGCACCACCGCAUCUUGCGCCGCGCCGUCUCCUCUUCUCUCCCUCGCCCGGCCUCUUUCGUCUGA